CUAUAUAUAUAUAUAUAUACAUAUACAAAUUCAUUUCCUUAACUUAUUCUCUGUCUUCCUUAACACACACACACACACACACGCAUGCAAAUACAUUUUUCUCAUCGUAAUAGCAACUUAUAUGCUGUCAACGAAUAAUUAUUAGUCAACAAUACAUAUACUUAUAUAUAUAUAUAUAUAUAUAUAUAUAUAGACAGACACACGGGGGCAUACACACACACACACACACAAGGGGAGUGAGAGAAACCCACAAAAAGGGAAAGCAGAAAAAGAGAAGAGAUAGGAAAGAAAUGGAAAUUAUGAUUGUUGGAAGUUUGUUGAUGACAGCAGCAGCGAUCCUGUGCUUGUUUGUGUGCAAGAAACUCAGAAAAAGUGGUCGGAAUUACAGCAGCAGACGAUCAUCAUCAAGACUCCCUCUGGGCAGUCUUGGAAUCAGGCCCUUUGUCGGAGAAACCCUUCACUUCAUCUCUUGUGCUUAUUCCGACAGGCCUGAGACCUUCAUGGACAAACGACGCCGCAUGUAUGGGAAGGUUUUUAAGUCGCAUUUGUUUGGAAGUGCGACAAUAGUGUCGACUGAUGCAGAAGUGAGCAGGAUCAUUCUGCAGAGUGAUGCAAAAACGUUUGUGCCAUCUUACCCAAAAUCCCUCAUGGAGUUGAUGGGGAAAUCCUCCAUUCUGAUCAUCAAUGGCAGCCUGCAGAGGAGAAUUCAUGGCUUGAUUGGCAGUUUUCUCAAGUCUCCAACAUUGAGAUCCCAGGUUACAACAGACAUGCGCAAGUAUGUAAUGGAAUCCAUGGCCAAAUGGUCUCAACAUUCUCCUGUCUACAUUCAGGAUGAAGCAAAACAUAUUGCGUUCCAAGUGCUGGUCAAAGCAUUGAUUAGUUUGGAUGGUGGUGAUGAAAUGGAACUGCUAAAGAAACAUUUUCAACAAUUUAUUGCGGGCCUUAUGUCUUUACCAUUCAAUUUUCCUGGCACUCAGCUUUACCGAUCAUUACAGGCAAAAAAGAAAAUGGUAAAGCUGAUUGAUGGAAUCAUCCAAGCAAAAAGGGAGAGCAACGUUAUUUGCAGUAGUGAUGCAGCAAAGGAUGUGGCAGAUGUAUUGGUGAAAGACACAAGCGAAGAACUGAGUGAUGAUUUAAUUGCUGAAAAUUUGAUUGAUUUAAUGAUUCCUGGGGAAGAUUCAGUGCCUCUACUCAUCACUCUUGCAAUCAAAUACCUGUCUGAUUCUCCUGCUGCUCUCAAACAAUUAACGGAAGAGAACCUUCAAUUGAAGAGGCUUAAGGAGAAACUUGGAGAGCCAUUAUCUUGGAAUGAUUACUUAUCCUUGGGCUUUACACAAACUGUGAUUACGGAAACUCUAAGGAUGGGUAACAUAAUAAUAGGGGUGAUGAGAAAAGCAGUGAAAGAUGUGGAAAUAAAGGGACAUUUGAUCCCAAAGGGAUGGUGUGUUCUUGCAUAUUUCAGAUCAGUUCACUUGGAUGACAAACUCUAUGACUUCCCCUAUCAAUUCAAUCCAUGGAGAUGGCAAGAUAAGGAAAUCAGUAAUUGCAAUUUCACCCCAUUUGGAGGUGGGCAAAGGCUCUGCCCAGGGCUUGAUUUGGCAAGGCUGGAGGCUUCUAUUUUCCUCCAUCAUUUUGUUACUCAAUUCAGAUGGGAAGCGGAGGAUGAUUCGAUUAUCCAUUUUCCCACAGUGAGAAUGAAGGGAAGAAUGCCAGUGUGGGUGAGAAGGAGAAGAUAGAUACACCUCAUCUCCAACAAACCCCCAAAUUUGAAGAAAUUAAAAAGAAAAUUGAGUAGAAGACAAAUUACACUCAUCUCAAGAACCAGACAAGACACUGCACACGUGUGGUGUGCAGUUUGAACUUGAACACUGACAGACAUAUCUUUGUCCUCAUCCAUCUCUAAUUUUUAUUUAUUUAUUAUUAUUAUUAUUCAAUAAUAUAUAUAGAGAGAGACACACACACAUAAUAUAUA